CGAGCCUGAGAGACGUCCAUAGCCUCUAAGACGGAAGCUGCUUAGAAAAUGACAGAAUCCCAGAAGGCGACUCUGGAAACGACGUCUGUGGCUGGACGUCUCGCCCGUUCAGCGCAAAUGGGAGAUAUGCGAGGUCCAAAAGCGAUGAUUCAGCGGGUCAAGGAAAUGACGCACGACGCGGUCCAGCUGCUCUUUGUGCGAGUAAAGCACGCUGUGUGGGACGUUAAUGGAUUCAAUAUCAGGUACUCCGGCAGUCCCAAGCUCAAGCCGUGCUUGGUGAGCAAGCUGGAAGAGGAGAGGGACCGUCGGGAGAACGCCGCCAGGCUCAAGUCCCGCCGCAGCCAACUGACGGACCAGGGAAACGGCAGCUCUUCCGGGGGAUCGAGCUCCACCGAGAGCAACUGCACACCGUGUCACCAUCCCGCGGGAGGCGCCACCAAUUUCUUGGGAACCAUGACGUCCUCGUACGGAGAUGGCGGCAGCGUGGCACCCUCUGCCAACGCUGCCUGCUCGGACGAGCGCGUCACCCUGAUCGUGGACAGCACCCGCUUCGUGGUGGACCCCGCCCUCUUCUCGAUGCAGCCGGAUACCAUGCUGGGCCGGAUGUUUGGCUCCUCGCUGGAGAACAACAUCACAAGGCCCAACGAGCGGGGAGAGUACGAGGUUGCCGAAGGACUCUCGGCCACGGUGUUCAGGGCCAUCCUGGACUACUACAAGACGGGCGUGGUGUACUGCCCUCCGAGCGUGAGCGUGCCGGAGCUGAGGGAGGCGUGCGACUACCUGCUCAUCCCUUUCGACGCCCACACGGUCAAGUGCCACAACCUGAGGGGCCUUCUUCACGAGCUGUCCAACGAGGGAGCCCGGCAGCAGUUCGAGAAGUUCCUGGAAGAGCUCAUUGUCUGCCGCAUGGUCAUUUCCGCUCAGCGUGGGGACCGGGAGUGCCACAUUGUGGUGCUCUUGGACGACGACACGGUGGACUGGGAUGAGGAGUAUCCCCCGCAGACUGGAGAGGAGCACUCGCACAUUGUGCACAGUACGGCGAUGUACCGCUUCUUCAAGUACAUUGAGAACCGGGACGUGGCCAAGCAAGUGCUCAAGGAACGCGGGCUCAAGAAGAUACGGCUUGGCAUUGAAGGCUACCCAACGCACAAGGAGAAGGUGAAGCGUCGUCCGGGCGGCCGGGCGGAGGUGAUCUACAACUAUGUGCAGCGGCCCUUCCUACGCAUGUCUUGGGAGAAGGAGGAGGCCAAGAGCCGCCACGUGGACUUCCAGUGCGUGAAGAGCAAGUCCAUCACAAACCUGGCCGACGGGUCCCCGCCUGUCGUGGACCCGGGCCUGGGCGCCUCACCCCCGGUCGUGCCGCCGCAGCCGUUGCAGCAGGAGCCGGGGGCCGUGGGCGGUGCGGAUGAGGCGCCGGCCGCCCUACAGCUUCGGCAAAUGCCGGCACAGCACCACCAGGACGCACCGCCCGAGGAGCGCUACCCGACUGUGCCGUUUCCUCCCGAUGACCUGCCCUGAGAGUGGGUCCGCGCGUCGCCUGCCCCGGAGGUGGUCCUCGUCGGAGUGGUGGCAGUGUGCUGCGUCGUCUUUGCCCGCUCCUUCCUCUCGGUGCUUUGGGACAUCUCGGGCAUCUAGGCGUCCGACGACGACCACGCUUCGACCGGUGCCGAGGGCAUCCGUCUUACUUGGCUCCCCUUUGUCGUCGAGUCUCCUCAGUUGUGCGGAGCUUAUGGACGCCUCAAGCAUGUCUGGAGCUCUGCUUGGACGGUUGGUUUUCCUCGGGACGUCUCGCCUUUCACGGUCGCCUUCGAGGCCGGGUCUUGCACGUGCCCCGGAGCUUGUGACGUUUCUUUCAUUACCUAAAUGUGCUACCCGACUUCGAGCAGCCCUUCUGAAAGACAUCGCGUUGUCGCUGGAGGGCGCGACACUUGGAGCAUUUGUGUGCGUCGUCUCCUGCGAAUGCAAAAAUGGCUGAACUUGACCGUUGGCUCCCGAGCACAUCCCUCGACCGGAAACUACCGACUCAUCUGCGUCGAUUCUGCCCUUCGGUGCCGUCUAGGGGAACCGGACGUCGUGUUCCUUUUCCUUAUUGCCUCUCUCCCACCCCCCCACUUUUUCCGGAGUGAUUUCACGAACCGUCGUCUGUCUGCCCUUGCCUGCGAAGGCAUCUCCUGCUCAAGUGGCACGUGCGCAGAUCGGCGACACCUCCGGACCGCCGUUUGAGUGCGUCCCCACUGAAUGGAGCAUUGCAACUAGGAGUGUCCGGUCCUAUGCCUACCCCCGUUCUGAGAGACAAUGGACGAGCUUGUGCGAGACGACGUGCUUUGAACCGAACCGGGUGGUUCGCAUUGACGUCUGGAACCUUCAGUUUACGCUAGUUGCCGAGUCGUACUCACGAUUGUCUCAGUGGAGUUACGCCGCAGUGUUCGUAAAGUGGGGAUUUCGCGCCCGUCGGUGAAUCUUGCGAGGUGCAUUUUUGCCUGUUUGCCGAACUUUGGGACUUUUCUCGGUGUAACUAGAGAUUGGUUUUUCGUGAGGUUUUGCGGGUCGAGCUACGGGAGUUUUCUACACCUUCUCGCAAAGAAUGGGGCGUUGUCCUACCGACAUUUUUUUUACGCAGGUCGGUGGAUGUUGUUUUUGGUAGUAUCCCGGGGCUGGGCAAGUGGUUACAAAAAUUUUACAGGCUUCGGAGCUUUCUGGUUUAGAGAGAUCCCAACGAUUCUUAGAAAGAUCCUAAUGAUUCUUAUCUGCAUUGGAACUUGCGUGAGAAUGAGCUAGAACUGUAUGAAACUGGUUUUCGUAUUUUCCUACAAGAACACAGAAAUUCUUUCAUACUUGUGUGACGAGUGAAUCGUGAAUCCAAAGUAUUGCUCAUUUCCGCUGCGCUCUCUGCUCCUCUUUAAUCUUUUUAAGACCGGGCCACUUGGUUGUGCGGAACAAACGAAACAGCGGAAGUGCAAAAAGCUUGCCGAGCCCUCGGAUGCUAUUCGAAUGUUGUUCUUUGAUGUUGUGAAUAUACCUGUGUGCCUAACUGGUCUGUGGCACUUUGAUUUUUUUUUUAUUUAUUGAAAAAGCUGCGGCAUAUUGCGGCAGAUAAGACUAUCUCAUCUUUGCUUUUUUUUUUUCUUACUUUCUGAUUGAGUAACAUCUUUUGAGUAAAAUUUUUCUUAUUGGGGGGUGUAAUUAGUUGACUGCCUUCAAUGGCUUUCUCGAACCCUUUGUAUACUGGUGUGCAUGCCUUUUUGUCAGGCUGCCCAAGUCCGAUGCACUUUUAAGGGUACAAGGUCGGGCUGCCCAAGCCCUACUUUGUACCGUUAAAAAAUCCUUUGCAACGUUUUUUCACUAAUCGAAAAUUUUAAAAGUUCCUUUGCUUGUUUGUAACCAGACUUGCAACUUUUGCUCGUGCCGAUACGGAUGGCUGCGGCGGUUGUACAAACACAUUUUGUCCUCCUUCGUGCAUUGAUUUAUUUCAGCCGUGGGGCUUUGAAAGAAACGGUUCUUGUUUGCAAGUGGUAGAGAUGGGCAGCAUAGCACUAACCAGUAUUUAUCUCCAAAGAGUUUUAGCAUUGUUUUCUAAUCUAACCUUUCUUUUUGUGCCUACUAUUCAGUGUGAAGAUUGCCAGUGUUGCAUUUGAAUUUGAAGGACGUCUGUUGCGGGUUCAACGACUGUGUUUUGUUGUUCGCUACUCGCUGUGACUGUAGAAGACUAAGACUACAAUUAGUUUUGCCUCUGAACAAGCCAUUUGGUCAAGCCCACUUCGCGUCCCUGUAUUAACUGCGACUCUUAUAUUCGGCGUUGUAUUGCGGUAUAAAUGUGACAGUGUUGUAUUUCUGGGAAAGAAGACAAUUUUAGAGGGUGUCUUGCCUUAUUUGCUAACUUGCUUGGAGGGUUUAUGAGAAUAUCAAACAGUACUUUUUGCAUCCUGUAAAUGCGUUGCAGAUUUUUCUCAAAUACCCGAAUGUAGCGCCACGCAUUUCACCGUGUGCUCACAACUAGCACUCUCGGUUUUAGAAAUACCGAAGUUCCGGGGCCGAAUGUUAUGUGCUUUAAAGAUGGACGGGACUUUUAUACAUUUUUAAAGGGGAAGAUGUAAAUUCUUACAGGUAGCAACAAACAGUAUUGGGGGCCCUGCUAAGUGUCAUUUGUUCUCUGAAGGCAACCAAAAACGAAUUUAAUCUCUUAAUCUGAUUAUGUUAAGCUUUCAUACUUUAGCACAAUAUUUCAGUCACCGGCGUUACAUUUGUGUGACAUCCAAUAUCUUUGAGUUGCAUAGAUAAAUGUGGCAUACAACAAAAAGGGUUUGCUCUUCGAGAUGCCCCAUAGUAUCGCGGCAUGACGAGUUGGUUGCGUUCACAUUCAAGGAAGCGAACAGCGGUCGGCUGCAAGUUCAGUUAAUGAAGAGUUUUGACACUGGAGAAAGGAGGGUUAUGAUAGGAAAAGACUUCCCAAGAGAACUCGCAUAUGUGCAUACUACUAGCCUGAGCACUGUUACAAGGUGCGAUGUUUCUGGCGUAAAAGGUUCGGCGAGUUGCACUUUUUUUUCUUUUUUCAGGGAACAGUACCAUAUCCGAAUCACUAAAGCACACUCAGUCCAGCAUUGGCGGGCGACUCGAUUUGCUCGGGGGAGCUUGUGCCAAGCGCGGUCUACGGCAAUUGGACGCGAGCCGUUCUACUGAAACUUUCUGCUGGUUGGGGCGAAAGGUUGAGAUGGGUGGUUUUGACUCUGUGCCUUGUUUGUGUCUACCAAUGCCUUUUUGAGUUAGGAUGGAACGCGCGGAGCUUUGGGUGAAGAAGAGCCACACUCCGGACAGUGGGUUUUGAUUGUUCCAAGGUUGGAUUGUUUGGGCUUACGAGUGGAGCGAUCCCCAGCGGCGUGUUUCUCGCGUGUGUGCAUGUGCCGUUUUUUAUACUGCAUUAACAGUGUCGACUAUCAAAGUGUUGUGGUGUUUUGUGCGAACAAGACGUGUUUUCGCCAGUUUUUUUGUACAGAAAUAAAAUUUUUAAUAUAUGUGCA